GGGGUCCUUCGCAGCAACACCCUUCCAAGAUGGCAGCCAACAGUAGCAGCACGGGCAGCAAAUCCAGCAACAGCGCUGGAGGAAAACAGACCGGGCCGACAGCUGAACAGGUACAUUAGGGUCCACUUUAGACAGCUGUGGUCGGUACAGUCGUCGCGGUCGUUUCUCGGUCGUUUCUGUUCAGAAAUAAGCCGCCAAUUUAACUCCCAAGUUAGCCAAAGCUAAUGUUAGCUUCCCUAUCGCCAUCAUCCGGUUGCCUUCAUGCUUUCUCAUCACUUAAACGCUUUUAUCCAUCCAUUUACCUGGUAUUUAUCAAAUAUUUUUAGUAAAUAAAUCUAAUAGGGAACCAUUUUCUCUGUUGUAAAGAGGAGUUUGAAUGUAGAUCCCUCUAAAGGUCUGUUCAGCUUUUAUGGUUUAGAGUCUUGCCCAAUAUGAGAAAGUGGAAGAGGCUAUUUUUAUCCCUCUGGACCCCCCAACCCUACUGGAGGCUGUUUUAAGUCCACAAAGGGGCUGUGAAAAUUUAGAUCUCUUUCCUAACUGCAGUCAGAUAUAUUAGCUCUAUACAAUCCUCCAAAAGAAAUGAUUAAAAUAAGAGUUUUAACCAGAUCAGGGCCAUGCUUUUAACCAGGAAUUUGUGUGGGUUUGACCAGGGACUGACAGAUUCUUAGCCUGGCUUAAUUUACUAGUCACUUACAAAACCUGAAGAUUAAAAUGUGGCUCCAUUACAGUCCCACCAGUAACUACCAUCACUUUCACUUGGGUAACUAAGUGUGUUGUUACUGAGAUCUGUGUAUUUCUGUGCAUUUGUCAGGUGGUGGCAACAUUUCAGAAGAUGCGUCAGGAGCAGCGCAGUAUGGCCUCCAAAGCCGCCGAGCUGGAGAUGGAUAUCAACGAGCACAGGUUCGUCACCGAUGUUCAUCUUUUCUCACUGUUGCCAGUUCUUUUUAUACAGUGGCCGAGAACCGCCACUGCUGCAAAUAAAAAAGAAUGCAAAAAAAGAAGCAACAACCGAAGUUACUGAUGCAAAGAAAAAAAGAAACAAAAGCCUGCUGCAAAUAAAAAAGAAACAGUGCAGUUUAGAAAAAAGAAAAAACGCAACUUAACAACGCAAAACUUUUUUUUUCCCCAACGCCACUUAUUUUUGCGUUGUAAACUUCUGUUGUGUUUUUUUUGUAUCUACACCAUUUCUUUUUUUAUUUGCAUCCCUUUAUUUUCGCAGUAACUUUUUUUUUUCCAUCGCCACUUUUUUUUGCAUCAUUAACUUGCCAUGUGUUUUUUUUUUCCCCAGUAUCUUCACCGUUUUUUUUUUUCAUUUGUAGUAGGCUUCUUUUUUUUUUUUUCUUUAUGCACCAGAAACUUCGGUUGUGACUUCUUUUUGUGCAUUCUUUUUUUUUCUUUGCAGCAGUGGCAGUUCUCAGCCACCGUACUUAUUCUCUAUCUAGAAAGAUAAAGUAAAAAAAGUAGUAAAAUGAUAAAGUUGUCUUGAGUUUAAGAAAAGGUGUGAACUCAGCUCAAGACCAGGAAAAUCACCUGCUCUUUGAGUCUUUAGCAGAGUCCGUUUUUUUGUAUUUUAAUAAUCGUAUCCUUUAAAUCCAGCUUAGUAAUUGACACCCUGAAGGACGUGGACCCCUCGAGGAAAUGCUUUCGUCUGGUGGGAGGAGUGUUGGUGGAGAGGACAGUAAAAGAAGUUCUACCAGCCUUGGAAAAUAACAAAGAACAGGUACACAAACAUUUAAUCGAGAAUUAGCUUAAAUUUUGUAAGUUUGCUGCAGUCUAACAGCUCAAACAGAAUAUUUGUGCUCAAUGUUUCAUCAUUUCCUCAAAUUCAUAGCUCAAAUUCAAACCAGAUUCAUUUGAAGGCUAACUGUCUCCUGUUUCCUCCCACAGAUCACCAAAAUAGUCGAGUCCAUUAACACACAGAUGCAGACGAAAGGUCGUGAGCUCACAGAGUACAGGGAACGCUACAACAUCCGGUUGGUGGGAGAGGGCGAAUCAGAGACGCAAGGCCAGACGGCGGCGUCUUCGCGGGACAGCGAAGGAGGCGGGUCGAAAGGCGGAGCCGGCGUUUUAGUGUCGUAGUUAGCGGUAUUAGAGGGCCUUUUGAUUUCUGCAGUACUGAUACUAGAGUUGAAGUCACAAAAUCUAGGUUAAAAAAUGUUACUUUUUACAGGAGGAUUUUGGAGAUUGGAUAAAUUUCUGCUAAACACACAGCUCUUGGUAUUGAAACACUUAAAGCGAAACAGUAGUGCUCUGCUUAUGUCUGUGAAAACUAGUGCAUGUAAAAUGUACGGUUGUAUGUCUUACAUUUGCCUUUCAGUGAGUUUUUUUUAUUUCUGGAAUACUGUGGCACAUUAAACAAUUGAAAUCAAACUAAUCUUUCAAUUUGUUUUUCUUUCAAUGAGGCACAAAUAUGAAACAAAUCAGGUAGAUAAAGCGUACAAAAGCACCUACAGAAACGAAAUUUAAAACCGAGUCAUGAAGCCUUUUUGCAUUUGACCACAUUAGCUCUGCUCAGUCUGUGUUCAGCGACAUAAAUGCAUGCCAUACCACCUCUUAUAAUAACUUUCUUUAUAUUGAAUACACAAAACCUGUCAUAUUCUUUCUGAUCUGUGAGCUACACUCUGAGUGACAUCUAGGAUCUGAUGUUUUCUGUCCACACUGUUUAUGUCGUUAAAAGGACAAGUUUUUGUUAAUGAUCAUGAAUUAAAAAUGUCAUGAAAUGUGCUGCAAUUUUGGUGUCAUAAAUAUUUAGUCCUGUCUGAA